AAGAGUAUCCGUUGUAGCUUCUCCGAUCGUGUGUCCCUCGGUCUAUAUAAGCUCGACCGAUCGGCUGGGACAAGAAGCAACCCGCUUCAAUCCCCGACCCUGGCCCGAUCUUCGUGGAGUGCUGGAGUGGUGGUAUAUAGGCGGAGGACAUGGUGAAGUUCUCUAGGGAGUACGACGCCAGCAUCAUCCCGGAGUGGAAGCCCGCCUUCGUCGACUACAAGGGCCUCAAGAAGCUCAUCAAGAAGAUCAAGGUAGCAAGGCGCGACGCCGACGACAGCAGCGCAGGAGACUCCUCGCCGGAGACCGCCGCCGGCGUCGAGAGCGUCGGCUAUGGCGGUGGCUUCUCCAUGCUCGACCCCGUCCGCGCCCUCGCCGCCCGGUUCGCGCCCAGGGUGCAGGCCACCUCGGAGGACGAGGAGAGCGGGGAUUCCGGCGAGUUCGUGCGAUCCACGGACAAGCAUGAGCGGGAGUUUCUGGAGAAGGCGGACGAGGAGCUGGAGAAGGUGAACACCUUCUACGCGGCGCAGGAGGCGGAGCUGCUGGGCCGCGGCGAGGCGCUCAUCGACCAGCUCCGCAUCCUCGCCGACGUCAAGCGCAUCCUGGACGAUCACGCUGCCACCCGCCACGCCCGGGGCUCCCUCCUGGGCCGCAGCCGCUCCAUGCGGGCGGUGGCGCCGCCCUCGCCGGCGCUCAGCAACUCUGGCCGCUACCUCCUCUCGGGCCUCGCCACGCCGCAGUCCAUGUCAGAUGGGAGCGUGGAGCUUCAGCAGGCACAGAUGACGGAGGGCGCAGCGGUGGCCGACGAGGUGAUGGCGGCGCUAGAGCGCAACGGCGUCAGCUUCGUGGGGCUGCCCGGGAAGAAGGAGGGCAGCGGCAGGGGCGGGAGGCUGCAGCUGCCGUCGACGGUGCGCAUCGACAUCCCGGCGAGCAACCCGGGGCGGGCGGCGCUCAAGGUGUGGGAGGAGCUGGUGAACGUGCUGCGCAAGGACGGGGCCGCCGCCUUCGUCCACCGGAAGAAGGUGCAGCACGCCGAGAAGAACAUCCGCGACGCCUUCAUGGCUCUCUACCGCGGCCUCGAGCUGCUCAAGAAGUUCAGUUCUCUGAAUGUAAAGGCGUUCACCAAAAUUCUUAAGAAAUUCGUCAAGGUGUCGGAGCAGCAGCGGGCGACGGACCUUUUCUCGCAGAAGUCGAAGAGAUCGUCGUUCAGCACCUCCAACAAGGUGCUUCAGCUGUCGGACGAGGUGGAGUCACUCUUCCUGAAGAACUUCGCGGGCAACGACAGGAUGGUGGCCAUGAAGUACCUCAACCCACAGCGGCCCAAGAACACCCACAUGAUCACCUUCCUUGUAGGGUUGUUUACGGGCACAUUUGUGAGUUUGUUCAUCAUAUACGCCAUCUUGGCCCAUGUUUCCGGCAUUUUCGCCUCCGCCGGAAACACGGCCUACAUGGAAAUAGUUUACCAUGUCUUCAGUAUGUUUGCGCUCAUCAGCCUGCACUGCUUCCUCUACGGGUGCAACCUGUUCAUGUGGAAGAGCACCAGGAUCAACCAGAACUUCAUAUUCGACUUCGCCCCCAACACCGCUCUCACGCACCGGGACGCCUUCCUCAUGUCCGCCUCCAUCAUGUGCACCGUGGUCACCGCGCUGGUCAUCAACCUCUUCCUCAGGAACGCUGGUGCGUCCUACGCCAAUGCCGUGCCCGGGGGCCUCAUAGUGUUGUCAGCUGGGCUUCUAUUCUGUCCGUUCAACGUGUUCUAUCGGUCGACGCGUUACUGCUUCAUGCGCAUUAUGCGCAACAUCAUAUUCUCGCCAUUCUACAAGGUUCUGAUGGCCGAUUUUUUCAUGGCUGAUCAGUUAACUAGCCAGAUCCCAUUGUUAAGGCACAUGGAGUUUGCAGCGUGUUACUUCAUGGCAGGAAGCUUUAGGGCUAACCCAUAUGAGACUUGUACUAACAGCCAGCAAUACAAACACCUGGCCUAUGCCAUCUCUUUUCUCCCCUACUACUGGAGAGCUAUGCAGUGUUUAAGAAGGUACUUUGAGGAACAUGACAUAAAUCAGCUCGCCAAUGCCGGGAAGUACGUGUCGGCGAUGGUCGCGGCUGCCGUCAGGUUCAAGUACAGUGCAACGCCGACGCCAUUCUGGGUGUGGCUGGUCCUCAUCUCAUCCUCAGGCGCCACCGUUUACCAGCUCUACUGGGACUUUGUCAAGGAUUGGGGCUUUUUCACUCCCAAAUCUAAGAACCUAUGGCUCCGGGAUGGUCUCAUCCUGAAGAACAAGUUCACCUACUACAUUUCUAUGGUAUUUUACUUUGUUCAACUGAUUUAUAGUGCAGCAUUAACACGGAAAAGACAGGCUUCAGGAGCACUAAUCCUUUCGCAAAUGCAGAUGCUAAAUCUAGUGCUUCGGCUGGCAUGGACUGAAAGUGUGAUGAAGAUCCGUGUUAGUAAGAACGAGACUCGCCUACUAGAUUUCUCCCUUGCCUCCUUGGAAAUAAUCCGACGAGGACAUUGGAAUUUCUACAGGCUGGAGAACGAACACUUGAACAAUGUUGGCAAGUUCAGAGCAGUGAAGACUGUCCCAUUGCCAUUUCGUGAACUCGAAACGGAUUGAUGAUUAAGAGGGAGAGAAGAGUGUAACAGUGCUGAUACCAACGAUUGCGAUCGCCCCCAUUUGGUACAUCCUCCUGUUGACAUCAGAUUUUGGCACGGCCAAGAACUUAAUUAAGAUGGCCUUAAAUGGAGAAGUGCUCAAAGUGAGAAAGUUCCAUAUCGUCAAAAGGAAAAACUUCGAUAUUUGGGCCAUAGUCAUCCGGUCUCAUCUCUAAGGCCGUAGUUGUGUUCGAAGUACUCAAAUUUUGUACUCAGAACACUAUUCGGCUGAUUACGCCCCCAAGAUGGCCUCAUAUGGGAAAAGUUUCUACACGGAUUGUCUUAGUCUCGUCGAAACGAUAGAUUUUGAUAUAAAGAACGUCUAAAUCGAAGUUCGUAUGCAAAAGUUAGAGCCAAAACUAUGUGCUGCAUAAGUCUGCCCCGGAAGUUCCGGGCAAAACUUCCGGGGAGGUUCCGGGCUAAACAGAAACUUUGCGCGCGGUGCGCCCCGAAAACUGUAAUUUUAACAUUAUUUGCAGAUUUGCGGGGCCGAUUUCAACAUCAAGAUGACCUCGGAUGAAAAAAUGAUCAACUAAGGCAUUUUUCUCCAUUGCAAGAUCUACAACUUUGCUUUUGGGACCAUCGCGAUCCGAAGCCAUAUGCGACCUGCAUGAGCUGUGCAAGAGGGCUACUUGAUGUACUUUUAGCCCGGAAGUUCCGGGCUGACCGGAAGUUCCGGCACUCGUGGUCCGAGUUAGGUUAUUUUUUUAUGUUUUGGACAGGAUUUGAGUCAUUUUCUUGUACGGAAAGUUCAGCCGCCUCAUAUAUAUGUAAGAGGUGACGGACGAUUGAAUAACAACACACAAUCUAACAAUCAAUUUACUUUUUACCCUAGUUUUA